AAAGAUCCAAUAAACCCAAUUUUUUGUAUGGUUGCAUUGCUUUUCCACUAUUUUUUUCCACCUGAGCGCUAUUAUCCUCUCAUACCUUAUAUUUUGCAAGCCCGCUACAAACCACAGAAUCAAGCUUGUUCGCGUUGGUUUUUUAUAAAGACCCACCCUCUUCUCUCAACACUCGGUGACCCGGUAGCACAUAAUAAUAUCGAUGGCAAAUACAAACAGCCAGCAGCAGCAGGGCCAGGCCCAACACCCAGGGGAUUACCUCCAACCACCUAUCGCAGAACUCUCGCGCAUGAGCAUGCAAAGCGCGCAAUCAGCACUAGACACGAUUACUACGAUGUCGCGUUGGCUGCCACCAACGCCAGCGCAUACCCACAGCCGGCCGUACCACACACGAGCAACGUCCAAAACAAUGUACAUCUGGCAAACGGUCCAAACAAUGCCGAGUUCGGGGCAGAUGUCAGUAGCGGGUUUGACGACCAGGGCUACAGCCACUACCAAAACGUCAACCCGAACGCCCCCGCGGGCGGCCAGUACCCCGAUGCCAGCAACAAAUACCAGGCGAACCCUGCGCUAAUGUGGACAGCAGCGCGUCGAGUAUCGACGAGGGCAGCCUGGAUAGCAACGACCUGAUGGGCGACAAUGUGCCAAUAGUAUCGGCCUGCACCAGUCCCUAUCACAGCCCAAGCUGACGGGGAAAACUAGCAUGGAAUAUGUACCGCAACCACGUCCUCGUGUCCGCCCAGGACGCUCGAGCCUGGGACCGAGCAACGGGGCUGAUCCCAACCCAUUUUUGACUUACUCGCGCAACUCGAUAUAUUCGAGCUCGCAGACCUCGCUGGGCCGCAACAGCAUGUACGGCCUGAACAGCGCAACGAACAAGCGCAUGUCGCGCACCCUGGUCGCUGGAAAUAAUGGACUGGACAUGUACCGCGAAGCAGCCAAAAAGACGCAGGAUGAGCGGAUCCAGUUAGAAUAUGCAAAGUUCCUGAUUCAGUCGAUUGAGAACCUGGAGGACCCAUUG